CCGAGGACCUUGAUCGCCCAUUAGCCCAGCAUGGCCGAUCUGGAAAAGCUUGAACAUCUCUCCCUUGUAUCAAAGAUUACGAGCGAACUUCUCAACCACACUGGAAUCAACGACAAGGUUCUUGCUGAGUUUAUUAUCGACCUGCACGGACAGUCAAAAAGCGUCGAAGACUUCAAAAAGAGCUUGGACAAUGUCGGUGCUGAAUUCCCUCAAUCGUUUGUGACAAAUCUCGAUCGCUUAAUUCGAACCUUGAAACCCCAAGGCAAUGGGAAGAAAAAGAAGGGGAAAAAAGGAAAGGGAAAGUUGCCUGAAGAAAAUGGUGGUGACUGGGAACAGGAUGACGGAGAAGAUAGGACGCUGAAGCUCGCAAAGUUUCCUGGAUUAGCAAUACCAGAUGAUCCAACCAGAGCAAGUCAAUUGGUAGAGGACACCAAAGUCGCGGAAGAUGUUCUUGCAGAGUUGGAAGGGUUCUUGCACUCAAAAAAGGACGAGGCGAACGCAAGGGAAAAAAGGGGUGACGGAGAAAGCUCCGGUAGAUAUAAGCGGCAAGGAAGUAGAAGCCGUAGUCGGAGUCCAAAACGCAGUCGAAGGGAUAGCAGUCCACGACGACGAGAUGAGGGGCGGGACAGGGGCCGAGGUCGUGACCGCGAUCGGGGAUAUGGGGGGCUGGAUGAUGAACCCCUGCUCUACAAAAUCUACAAUGGAAAAAUCAGCGGUGUUAGGGACUUUGGUGCAUUUGUUAGUCUGGAGGGGAUCAGAGGUCGCGCGGAAGGAAUGGUGCACAUAAGCAAUUUAUCGGCUGGCCCUGGGCGGGUUGUCCAUCCGUCCGAUGUCGUCUCAAAAGGCCAAAAAGUAAAGGUUAAGGUGAUGACUAUUGCUGGAAACAGGAUCGGGCUGUCGAUGAAAGACGUGGACCAAGAAAGUGGAAGGGAUCUCACUCCUCACUUAAGGAUCAAGACCAAAGAGGAACUAGCAGCCGAGGCAAUGCGGAAUCCUGAUCGACCGAUUCUGACGUCUUUUAGCGAAGUACCUGUAGUGGAUGAUAUCGAUACCCACACGCCAAAUGUAAAACGUAUAUCAUCUCCAGAAAGAUGGGAGAUCAAACAGCUCAUUGCAUCCGGUGUGCUCGAUCCGAAAGAAUACCCUACUUUUGAUGAAGAUCAAGGAUUGCUAAAUUAUGAGGACGCCGAGGAGGAAUUGGAUAUUGAGAUUAGGGACGAAGAACCAUCGUUCCUAAAAGGGCAAACAAAGCAGAGUGUGCAACUUAGUCCUAUCAAGAUUGUAAAGAACCCUGAUGGAACAAUGAACCGAGCGGCUUUGGCUGGGGCAGCCUUGGCCAAAGAACGGAGGGAGAUUCGGCAGCAGCAGGCAGCAGCAGAGUAUGAUGCUGUUCCGAAAGAUCUCAACAGACCAUGGGUGGAUCCCAUGGCUGACCGGUCAGAUAGACACUUUGCACAAGAUCUGAAAGGAUUUGGCAGAACUGAAGAUAAUGUUCCAGAAUGGAAGAAGAAAACGUUCAAUAACGCUACCACGUUUGGAAAGAUUACGAGUCUAUCGAUCACGGAGCAACGAGAAUCACUGCCAAUUUUUAAACUUCGUUCGACCAUUGUCAAAGCUGUGGAUGAGAAUCAGGUCCUUGUUGUUGUUGGAGAUACCGGAUCCGGAAAGACUACCCAGAUGACACAAUAUCUUGCUGAAGAAGGUUUUGCCAACCGGGGCAUGAUUGGAUGCACUCAGCCGCGUCGUGUCGCAGCCAUGUCAGUUGCAAAGCGCGUUGCUGAAGAGGUGGGGUGCAGAUUAGGUCAGGAGGUUGGGUACACGAUACGUUUUGAAGACUGCACGAGCCCUGAAACCAAAAUCAAGUACAUGACGGAUGGUAUGCUUCUUCGUGAAUGCUUGAUCGAUCCCAAGCUGAGCAAGUACUCGGUUCUUCUACUGGAUGAGGCGCACGAACGCACCAUUCACACUGACGUUCUUUUUGGACUGCUAAAGAAGACCGUCAAACAGCGACCCGACCUGAAACUUAUUGUCACAUCAGCUACAUUGGAUGCUGAAAAGUUCUCGACAUACUUUUUCAAUUGUCCGAUUCUGACUAUUCCUGGUCGAACGUUCCCUGUCGAGAUCUUGUUUGCUAAAGAACCAGAGUCGGAUUACCUUGAUAGUGCACUCAUUACCGUUAUGCAAAUCCACCUUUCUGAACCGCCAGGUGAUAUUCUAUUGUUCUUGACUGGUCAGGAAGAGAUUGACACGGCAGCAGAGAUCCUGUACGAGCGAAUGAAAGCCCUUGGGCCCAUGGUCCCCGAGUUGAUUAUUCUCCCAGUCUACUCUGCGUUGCCUUCUGAAAUGCAGUCACGUAUUUUUGAGCCAGCUCCGCCGGGAGCACGAAAGGUCGUCAUUGCUACCAACAUUGCGGAAACUUCUAUUACCAUCGACGGGAUUUACUACGUGGUAGAUCCAGGAUUCGUUAAACAGAAUACCUACGAUCCAAAACUUGGUAUGGAUGCGCUUGUCGUCGUUCCGAUUUCACAAGCUCAAGCUCGGCAACGCUCUGGACGUGCUGGACGAACUGGCCCCGGAAAAUGCUAUAGGCUAUAUACGGAGGCUGCUUAUAGAAACGAGAUGCUGCCGAAUGCAGUGCCAGAUAUUCAGCGAAUGAACUUGUCAAACACUGUGUUGAUGUUGAAGGCCAUGGGAAUCAAUGAUCUUUUGAACUUUGAUUUCAUGGACCCCCCGCCUGUUCAAACGUUGAUCACGGCUAUGGAACUAUUGUUCCAGCUCGGUGCAUUAGACAACGAGGGCUUGCUGACGCGUAUUGGACGAAAGAUGGCCGAGUUCCCUCUUGAGCCAUCACUAGCCAAGAUGUUGAUCUUCUCGGUAGAUUUGGGGUGUUCGGAAGAGAUUUUGACUGUCGUGGCGAUGCUUUCGGUUCAAAACAUUUGGUAUCGGCCAAAAGAAAAGCAGGCACAGGCCGACUCCAAAAAAGCAAAAUUCCAUCAACCGGAAGGCGACCAUCUUACUCUCUUGUCAGUCUACAAUGCAUGGAAGACCAGCAAAUUCUCAAAUCCCUGGUGUUACGAGAACUUUGUCCAGGCCCGUUCAUUGCGGCGCUCUCAAGAUAUCCGAAAGCAGUUGCUCGGGAUCAUGGACCGAUACCGGCACGACAUUGUCAGUUGCGGCAAGAACUACAAUAAAGUGCGAAAAGCCAUCUGUGGAGGAUUUUUCCGUCAUGCUGCCAAGAAAGAUCCCCAAGAAGGAUAUAAGACCCUCGUCGAAGCCACCCCUGUAUAUAUUCACCCAUCUUCCGCCCUCUUCAACCGACAACCCGAAUGGGUCAUUUACCAUGAAUUGGUAUUAACAACAAAAGAGUACAUGAGAGAAGUCGUCGCUAUUGAGCCAAAAUGGUUAGUGGAAGUCGCUCCUGCAUUUUUCAAAACUGCGGAUGCGAAUAAGAUUAGUAAACGGAAACGACAAGAGCGAUUGGAACCUUUGUUUAACCGGUAUGAGAAGCCUAAUGAAUGGCGUAUUAGUCGGGUGCAGAGAGGACAUCGGAUUUCGCAGACGUUUUAAGGGAGAGAUUUGUAUUGUGGGUUAUGGACACCUGCUGCUGCAUUCCUGCAGCAAGAAUGUGCAGGCUUCUGCGUAUAUAAUAUAUAGUUUGUGUUUAUUGUCUGCCACA